AUAAUGCUUUAUGACCACAGUCUGAACCUGAUUGGGUGGCUGUAGUUAAAGGAAGUAAAACACAUGUUGGGUUAUUUUCCAGCGGAAACCAGAGAAAACGCAGGUCGUGUGUCGACAAUGUGAGACAUUCAACUACAAGAUGUAACGAAGAGAUUAUGUGAUAGGUCAAUCGCGCUUCCUGGUUUGUUGGAGUUUCUAGAGAGAAAUAAAGUUAGCGUGUCAUCCAUCGGAUCAAACAACGCUGCAAACAGACAGAAAUGGAUCAUCCACACCCGCAGGACCCACAGCAAAGCAAGAGCUCCAUGUUGAGACACAGGGAACAAAGUGAUGAGUCUUUAGAUAAGAGGCCUAUGGACGGCUCUUCGUCUUCCACUCCGGAUAAGAACAGGCUGAUCAGAAGGGUGCGAAGUCCAUCCCGACCGAGGGCAUGGCUGUCCAAUUCUUACAAACAGAAGUUUGGAGGGCGAUUCUACAAACCUCGGGAUGACCCAUCAUUCUCCAAACCUGGCUUUGCCAACCAGAGGUACCACCACUUUAAUCCCCGGGGUUCCUUCCACCGGAAAGAUCAUUUCCAGCCUAAACCUUACCCCAUCGCACUGAGGGAGAGGAAACGGAUGGAGAAGGAGCGGUACCAGCAGAGGGAAAGCGCUGAUGGAAGUUCACCUUCAAAACAAAACAACACUACCAGAUCUUUCUUACCAAGAUCCACCUCCAGCAGAGACAAGGACAUGCAGUUUAUUUGUCAGAACGACAGGAGCCAAAGCAGGGAGAGAGAUCACAGGGGGAGUAAAAGCAAAGAAAGAGAACGAAGCAGAGACGAGGAGCUCCCUUCAACUGCGAGCCAGAUGGCGACACGAGACAGAGCCAUCCAACAGAAGAGGAAGGAGAUAGAUGAGGUGUACUUUCAGGAAUGUGAAAUGUUUGGCCUCGUGGCAAAGAUGCUGAUAGCAAAGGAUCGGACCCUGGAGCAGCCCAUCCAGUCCGCACUGCAGGAGAACCUUAGGGACAUCGGCAAGCGCUGUGUGGAGGGCAUGGAGAAAUUUAUAGAGGAGUAUGACUCCAGGGAGUCUCACUAAUCAGUCACACAUUCUUCCUAGCAUUGAGCCUACUGUUGAGAAUAUUUUUUUAUGCGAUUGAAAGCCACUUUUGUUGUUUUAUUUUGCCAGUAGAAGUAAUAAGUUGGUACAUUCUUGUCUCCUGUUUCGACAAAGUCCUAUUUCUGUGCUCGGCCUUAUGAUAAGCAGGACUGGUGAAAAGUAAACUGUGAUUGUGAUUUAGACAUUUGAUUUUGAGAAUGUGAUGUUUUUUGAUGAAUAAAUACACUGGUUGUAUUGCUUCAAGUGUCCUUACGAAGAAACAUUUUUUUGUUUAACUUGCUUUUCAAUUAUUUUUAUUUUAUUUACAGCAUAUUAAAGAUGUGGUUUAAAAAUA